AUGGCCCCAGAGGCUCCUGAUCCACAGAGCCUCAAGUCGUGGGCAGAUGCAUUCCAGUAUCCGAUUCCCACGGUUCGCCGUGUGGAACAGGAACUGCGCCGGGACAUUGCCAGCAAUAAGGAGAAGCUCCGAGCUCUCGUGGGAACCCGAUACCGAGAGCUAGUCGGAACUGCUGAGACCAUAGUGGCAAUGAACACGGAGAUCAAGGAGGCGGAGUCGAUUCUGACGGAUGUUGGACGUCGAUGUAAUCCGCAGCUGGUGGAGAAGAAGCAUGUUUAUGCGCGACACAUGAAGAAAGAUGCCAAAGAUAAGGGUAUGGACCUUGACGUGGACAAGCAUUCCUUCGCAAGUCAACUCGCUUUGCUUCACCGAUGCACAACUUCCAUUUCACGAUUCCUACGAAAGCGAGCCUCUCUGCUGCUUAUUGCAAAAAUUCUUGCCGUAUCUCGAAUACUGCACAAUACUUUGUCGAAACACGAAUCAACUCCACCAUUCCUCGAUGACCUGCACAGCCAGCUGGCGUCACUCCGAGAAACUCUUAUAAAAAGGAUUAAUAAGCGCCUAAGCUCUGUCGGCGCAACAGAAGACAGCAUAAUAGAGUCGUUGGCUGCAUACUGCUUGGUGACAAGCUCUUCUUCCGAUGAUGCUAUUCACAAAUUUCACCAAAGGCGUCUGGACGUGAUCACAAGCCAGCUUGAAUCAUCGCCACAAAAUAUCCCAAAAGCCUUGCUGCUUUUUGUUCAUACACUCCAGACAUCUAAGACUCUUCGCUCCCGACAGUUCUCCGAUGUGCUUUCUAAGCUCAAAUCAAGGCCUAUACUCUCAGAUCUCGAAAUUCGCAAUUUGGAUGGUCUCGAGAUCGAAGUACUAGGGCGCUGGGCCGCUCCCGAAGUGAACAAUUUCACACCGUGGAUUAAGUUGAGCGAGUUGAGUCGGAGCGAAGGUGCCGAAUCAAUUAAGAAAUGGUCCUCCGAGGCUUUCGCAAGCUUCUCUCAAGGCUGCGAGAAAAGCCUCGUCAGCAGUAAUGACUUUGCCGAACUACUUUCUCUGCGUACCGAGACCAUUGAACUUUGGCUAUCUUCAUGGGGCUCAACAAUCACCCAUGGCUCGGCAGAUGUUCUAGAACAGCUACGCACCAUUUUCAACGAUCAUAUCAAGCGAGUCAUAACCUCACAAGUCCAAACUAUCAACGAAAUGGGGACAGAGGUUUGUUCAAGUAUAUCCAGCUGGGACAUGAUUGAGCAUACUCCCAUUGGGUCUCUGUGGGACUCUGACUUGAUCACAGCUGAUUUCUCCGAUGGUGCAACAUCAUUCAAGCAGACAGUAGCGGAUAGGCUACUCGGCCGCGAUAGCGAUGUAUAUGCCAUAUUAAAGAAAUAUCAGACAUGGCUAUCAUCUAUCGAAGAGAGAAGCGAGUCCAUAUAUUCACUUCGUCGCCUUAGGUGGACUGAUAUCCUCGUCGGUGGUGAAGUUGAUGACGAAGAUACCGAUAUCACGCCUGGCCUGAACGACCAUGAUCCUAGCCUUUUAUCCGAUGCUCUUCAUUCGGCCGUCAACCAAGCAUUCAGCUCGCUGGAGAAAUCAUUCGAAGAGGCCUUCAGAGCCCUUGGUAAUAACCACCAAAGCGCUAAAGCCACGUUCCUUCUCCGUCUCGUACGUCUUGUGCGUCGAGAUGCCCCGUCAGCAUUUGUCAAACAAGAUUAUUGGUUUGCGCACUCGAUGGUACCCGACCUACAAAAAUUAUUGGUCGCCGAUAUUGUUUCACGAAGUGGUUCUUCGCCCGUCGUGUCGUCUCUUAAAACUCAUCCCGACUCCAAUAUAUUAAGAGUGGUCCCUGGUCGGUCGCUUUGGGAGGGUGAACCACCUGCACCGAUACAGCCAUCUCCCAGUACAUUCAGAUUCCUACGCAAUUUGACCGCUACGCUUGAUGAGAAUGGGUCUGAUUUAUGGGACCCAUCCACUGUCACAGUAUUGAAGGGCGAAUUACACAAGCAACUCGAGACUGCCAUUACGGCUGUAUUUGAUGAAAUGAAAUCCUGGGAUAAUGCAAGCAAAAUUACCACAGAAACCCCCGUUACAGAAAAAAGUGGCGAGGAAAAUGGCAGUGAGGGCGGAGCAGCCAAAGAAGACUCUGCAAAUGAGGACGCAGAUUCCAAGCCUGAGGAGGCGGAGGAUACAUCUCAAAAGGAUAUUCAUCAAGAUUGGAAGAUUCAACUUCUCUUCGACACAACAUAUCUAGCAAACAUGCUAGGCGACCCGACUACCCAGCUGGCUGGUGUUGUUGACCGAAUUCAGAAGAGCGCAGAUCCAAGUGCAGAGGCCGUCAAAAGCAUCCAGGAGAGUGCUGCUGAGUAUUGGAAGCGAACGGAGCUUUUGUUUGGCCUGUUGGCGAAUCGAUAG